UCCUGCCCCCGCUGCCCCAGGCUUGUCCUCACCAACAGCGAGUCCCACAGCAGUUCCCUUCACCCCGUGGCUUCCACCCUGUCCCUUCUCUGUAAAGCUUCCUAUCGCAGCCUUGUGGGAGCGUUGGAAGCGAUUUCCUUAGAGAACCAUAGUCCAAAGAGGAUGACUGGUGUCUUUGGAACUUUCCGGAAUCCCCAGACGCCCAGCGCUCCUCUACCCAGAGCACGGAGCGAUCGGGCUUAAGUGAGCGCGCCUCCUGGAGCUCGGGGGCUAAGGUUCUGACAGCGGUGGCGGCUCUCUGCAAGGCUGUCUCUCGCCCUGGAGCAGUCACUGGAAGAAGAGGGGCGUGGACACUUUCCUGACAAAGCACAACACCGCUGAGUCGCAAGGGUUUGUAAAUCGCGCCCUAUUUCACGAUUUACAAACUGAGGCGCAGAAGAGAUGGUGACUUGGCCAGGGUCACUAGGAAGAAGAAGUGGGAAGGAUAAAAGAUUGCUGGGACAACCAGGAAGCGCCUGCACUCUCCACGUGUAGCAAUGCCAAUAUUUUUCGAAGGAUAAAUGCCAUAUUGGACAAUUCUCUGGAUUUCAGUAGAGUCUGCACUACACCCUUAAACCGAGGAAUUCAUGAUCAUUUGCCAGCAGAGUUCCAGGACUCCGAAGAAACAGUUACAAGCAGGAUGCUUUUCCCCACCUCUGCGCAAGAAUCUUCCCGUGGCCUCCCAGAUGCAAAUGACUUGUGCCUUGGCCUGCAGUCCCUCAGUCUGACGGGCUGGGACCGACCCUGGAGCACCCAGGACUCAGACUCCUCAGCUCAGAGCAGCUCACACUCGGUACUGAGCAUGCUUCAUAAUCCGCUGGGAAAUGUCCUAGGAAAACCCCCAUUGAGCUUCCUGCCUCUGGAUCCCCUUGGGUCUGAUUUGGACAAGUUUCCAGCACCUUCUAGAGGAUCCCGCCUGGACACUCGGCCCAUCCUGGAUUCCCGUUCUAGCAGCCCCUCUGACUCAGACACGAGUGGCUUCAGCUCUGGAUCAGAUCAUCUCUCAGACUUGAUUUCAAGCCUUCGCAUUUCCCCUCCUCUGCCUUUCCUGUCUUUGACUGGGGGUGGUCCCAGAGACCCUUUAAAGAUGGGGGUUGGGUCCCGUAUGGACCAAGAGCAAGCUGCUCUAGCCGCAGUCACUCCCUCACCAACCAGUGCUUCAAAGAGAUGGCCAGGAGCUUCUGUGUGGCCAUCCUGGGACCUUCUUGAAGCUCCCAAAGACCCCUUCAGCAUAGAGAGAGAGGCCAGGCUGCACCGGCAAGCUGCAGCUGUGAAUGAAGCCACCUGUACCUGGAGUGGCCAGCUUCCUCCCCGCAACUAUAAGAACCCCAUCUACUCCUGCAAGGUGUUCCUAGGAGGUGUUCCCUGGGAUAUUACGGAAGCUGGAUUGGUUAACACCUUCCGUGUUUUUGGCUCUCUAAGUGUGGAGUGGCCUGGUAAGGAUGGCAAGCACCCCCGGUGUCCUCCCAAAGGUAAUAUGCCUAAAGGGUACGUGUAUCUGGUUUUUGAGCUAGAGAAGUCUGUCCGGGCCUUGCUUCAGGCUUGCUCUCAUGACCCACUGAGCCCAGAUGGCCUGAGUGAAUAUUACUUCAAGAUGUCCAGCCGAAGGAUGCGCUGUAAGGAGGUGCAGGUGAUCCCCUGGGUGUUGGCUGACAGCAACUUUGUCCGGAGCCCUUCUCAGAGGCUGGACCCUAGCAGAACAGUGUUUGUUGGUGCCCUGCAUGGGAUGCUCAAUGCUGAGGCACUGGCUGCCAUCUUGAAUGACCUAUUUGGUGGAGUCGUGUAUGCUGGGAUUGACACAGAUAAGCACAAGUAUCCCAUUGGGUCUGGUCGUGUGACAUUCAAUAACCAACGUAGUUACCUGAAAGCAGUCAGUGCUGCUUUUGUGGAAAUCAAAACUACCAAGUUCACCAAGAAGGUUCAGAUUGACCCCUAUCUAGAAGAUUCUCUGUGUCAUGUCUGCAGUUCUCAACCUGGUCCUUUCUUCUGUCGAGAUCAGGUCUGCUUCAAGUACUUUUGCCGGAGCUGCUGGCACUGGCGGCAUAGCAUGGAAGGUCUGCGUCACCACAGCCCCCUGAUGCGGAACCAGAAGAACCGAGAUUCCAGCUAGAGGAGCUGGCCUUGCCCAGUGGCCUGUGGAGCCCAAGGCUGGCAGGUCAGGCAGCAGCCUGUACCACUGUGCCACUGGCAACCAGGGAGCUGGUUUCCCGAGGACAAGGGAAAAUUGUAGUCACCUUUGCACUUGCUGAAUCUGUCUUUGUUUCUGCACUAAUUAAUGCACAAUGAGUUUUGUUGGGUUUUGUUUUCAGGGGGUGUGCCAGGGCAAGGGCCCUCUGGACCACCCUCCAAGCGACUCGGUAGUUUUCCCAGAUUUUAGUUCCUCAUUUUGCAGAUGAAAAGCAAAAAAAAAAAAAAAGAAGAAGAAGAAAAAAAAACUGUGUCCAGAAGGUAUUGACACGGAUGCCUACAUCUAGGUUUAUUUAUUAAAGCGCUUUUUUACAUUCCUUGCAAUACUGAUGGUGAUGAUGCGCAGGUCUCAUUGGUUUCAUUCUUGCAGUUGCCAUACAGUGCCUUUCCAUUUAUUUAACCCCCACCUGAACGGCAUAAACUGAGUGUUCAGCUGGUGUUUUUUACUGUAAACAACAAGGAGACUUUGCUCUUCAUUUAAACCAAAAUCAUAUUUCAUAUUUUACGCUCGAGGGUUUUUACCGGUUCCUUUUUACACUCCUUAAAACAGUUUUUAAGUCGUUUGGAACAAGAGAUUUUUUUCUUUCCUGGCAGCUUUUAACAUUAUAGCAAAUUUGUGUCUGGGGGGACUGCUGGUCACUGUUUCUCACAGUUGCAAAUCAAAGCAUUUGCAACCAAGAAAAAAAUUUGUUUUAUUUGAAACUGGACCGGAAAAACGGUGUUUGAGUGGCUGCUGUAUAUAGUUUUAAAUGGUUUAUUGCACCUUCUUAAGUUGCACUUACAUGGGGGGGAGGGUUGAUAGAAGUUUUUAAUCACAAAAUCACAGGACUUUUUUUCUUUUGUAACUGAGCUAAAAAAAAAAAAAAGGGCUGCUUUUUUUGGUGGGGGCAGAUGAAGGCUCACAGGAGCCCUUUCUUUUAGAGGGGACAAGUACCCUUCCUUAAUAUAUUUCAUUUGAGGAAUGUAUGAAUCAACAUUUGCAGUUGACUGAAAUGCUACUGGAAUUUGAAAACUUGACUCUUUUCUUUCCUUCUUUCUUUCUUUUAUUUUAAUACUACUUGCCCCUCUUAGGGAAGCUGUGUGCCAAAGAACCAGUGUCAUAACCCCCUCCUCCCUCCUGCUGAGCUGAUGUUGCAUUGUUGCAUAUCCCAGCUACUCUGUGGGUUUUGUGAAGCUGUGUGUGAAGUCUCUACCUCAUUGUAGUAUAUGCAGGCAAGACUGCACUCUCCUACAACAGAUGUGUGGAGUAAGCUGUGGUGUAGUUUUUUUGGCACAUAAUAAACACGUUGCAGCAGAA